AUGGAUUUGAUCGACAAGGCGAAGAACUUUGUGGCGGAGAAGGUGGCGAACAUAAAGAAGCCGGAGGCGAGCAUCACCGAUGUGGAUCUGAAACACGUAGGCCGUGACGGUAUAACAUACCAGGCCAAGGUGUCUGUUAACAAUCCCUACGGUGCACCCAUUCCCAUCUGCCAGAUCUCUUUCACCCUCAAAAGCGCCGGCAGGGUGAUUGCUUCGGGUACAGUUCCGGACCCAGGGUCGCUGAAGGGAAAUGAUAUUACGCUACUGGAAGUGCCAGUGAAGGUGCCACACAGUGUAUUGGUGAGCUUGGGGAGAGACAUAGGUGCAGAUUGGGAUAUAGACUAUGAAUUGGAUUUGGGUCUCACCAUUGAUCUUCCAGUCGUUGGAGACAUAACCAUUCCUCUCUCCAGUAAGGGAGAGAUCAAGCUGCCUACUCUCACAGACUUGUUUAAGUGA